AUGUCUACCGGAGACCCUGGGUCCCCACUGCCGGCACCGCCACCACCGGUAUCCGCCGCCAGCGUCCAGCCCCCCCGCGACCGGAUCCCGAUAAGCUCGAAGAAGACGCAAGUCACGGGCCCCGCCACCGCCGCACCCAACUAUGCUGCCGCUGCGAGUCAGAUGGCGGCUCAAACACCUGAACAACAGCAACAACAACAACAGCGUGCCAAGGCUCUGGGCAGCCUCCUACAAGCCAUGGGUGCUGUACCCGGAAACCGCAUGGAUCGCUGGGUCCAGGCCAUCUACUUCGCCGAACUCUACCCCGUCGCCACCGCCACAUCGCUGAAAUUUUCGGCCUUGAACGCGAACCGGUCCGUCGAGAACAUCUUCGAUUACGCCCUUGAAGUGACUCUGUCUCACCAGAGCGCCUCGCGAGCGACUCAUGCCGACAAGAUCGAUCUCGUGGCCUGCGUCACGAGGCUGCUAUCGCCCAUCUCUCCUAUCUGCUUUGAGCCUGGAGUUCCUCUGCCGGACCAUCUUGCGGCUUAUCAACCACAGAUCUUAGGCGUACAACAUUCAUCAAUCCUGCGUAAUGGGGCGGCUCACCAUCGCGUUACGGUUGGGUUCGUCACCGGCGAGGCACGUGACGCGGCGCUCACGACGCCCCCCGCUCUCACUUGGCGAUCGGCGAAGGCCCGCUUCGCGAAGUCUCACAGGUUCCACCAUAACAUGGUCGAGCUUCGAAUCAACGUCGGUGUUCAAGGAGUGCCCUCCAUGGAUGCCAUCAUCAAAUCGUUCCAAUCACUUGUGCAAGACCUGUCAGGCAAGGGACAUUCAUGCCAACUUGUGCAGGUUCUGCGCGUUAUCAGCGUGGACAACGCCUCGGCCUUCGCCCACGUUGCCGGAGACUACUCGGCUUUCCUACACUUCGAUGACGACUCCCUAUUCCAACGCCCCAACACGACCUUGAAGGAGAUUCUACCUUCGAGGAUCGACCUUCCCACUCGAGGCAUCCCGGUUACCGCCCUUCGCCAUGACUAUGAGAAGGAGGCGGCUUGCGGUAGGUGCCACUUUGUGGGUCACGUGGGAACCUGCGGACUGGAUCAGGAGAAGAAGCGGAAGGAGGCUCACAACGGCAUCAUCAACAGCAACAAAAACACCAUCACCCACAACACCAACAUCGCGGAGGCCGAGGCCCCCAUUCCUGCACUGGUUGUUAACAGGAUCGCAUCACAGAAUCACUUCGCCGGGCUCGAGGUCGAGGAGGGACAGGAGGAAGAGGUAACUGGCCAGGGCGAACAGGGACCGGAGGAAUCGGGGGAGGAAGACGCUGGUGAUAAGGCGGAUGACGAGGACUCGGAGGACUCGGAGAUGGAAUCGGAGGCGGCCGCGAAAACGGAGGUCAUCAAAAUUGAAAGCGAGGACGAGUCGGUCUUGGAGGACUGCAGCGGAUCCGAUGGAGAGGUGAUUGAUGAGAAUGAGGUGAUGGCGGAUGAAAGAGGUGAAACGGGAGGAGAGGUGGCUACGGAGAUGGAGGAAGAGGAGGUGGCGACGGAGGUGGGCGAUGUGGACGAAGCGAGGGGAUCGACGAAAGCGGAGAAUGCGGAAGCGACGGACUUAGGGGAAACGAACAGGCUGGACAAUGACGACGACAGCGACGCCACAGCAACCGCCGCCACCGCUUCCCGCGAAUCGACGCCGCACGAACCAACCCCACCUCUGUCACCCGAAACUCUCGCCAAGUCGCUACGCGAGGGGGAGGAGUGGGACAGGAUCAGAGCUAACUGGGUUGAGCAGGCACGACUUGAGCGGGACCAAAGCAUCGAGAGGAGGCUCAACGCUGAAACCCCUUUGGUGCGUCACAACUUUGCCACGUGGGACGAGGACGGUGAGAUACGCUCCAUCAACAUCAGGGGGACCGCUGCGAAGUUCAAGAAGCAGGUGAUGAAGAGGUCGCAGACUGCGGCGGACCUCAGUGACCCAAGUGACGAACCGACCGACGCCAAGCGAGUCAUCAUCAAAAGGAAGGGCCGCGUCGUGGUGAAGGAUGGAAUAGAGGGGCGGAGGGUGACGAGGUCGAUGUCGGCGGCAGCGGCGAUGCAGGUCGAGGUGACGAAGGUGGACAGAGGGAAAGGAAGAGGGGUAGCUGAGGAAAAACGAUGGUCCGACCACGAGCCCGAGGACGAUGUCCUGCCCGCCCUUCCCCUCUUUGAGGACGUCACCACCGCCAAGAGCGCCUCGACCUCGACUACCCAUUAAUGAUCAAGCACACCAUCAUCACCUGGAACGUAAGAAGGGGCAUGGGGGUCCCGGAAAAACGACGUAAUAUCUACACCUACCUUUCCACAUUCAAAGCUUCCGCGAUUCUCUUACAAGAGCAUUUCAUCAGACCACAAUUCUGGCAGCUCAUCAAGGACGAGUACGAGGGCAAGCUCUUCAUCAACCAGCACUGCCUGACCCUGAUCCCGGCCGACUCGCCCCUGAUCGACGCCGAGCUCUUGCGCACCCACUCGGCACUCGACGGCCGGCUCCUCGUCACCUCCUUUCGUCUGCGGGGCGACAUCAAAAUUCUAGAAAUCAAUAACCUCUACGCGCCCGUUGACCCAAAACAACGAGCAAAAUUCUUCGACAAACUGAUCCUCCACAAAACACAGAAAUCCCACCUCCGACUCCUUGGCGGCGAUCUCAACGACUGCCCGCGCCCAGAAGUCGAUCGGCGGAACCAAAGUCGGCGCGGCCACCACUGGCCGAUUCUGAUGGGCAAGCUCGACUCGGCCUACACGGACUGCAUCCGCUACAAGCACCCCAUCACCCCAUCUUUCACUCGACCUAAUCCCAAUCGCAAGCGACCCAACUCCUUCUCCCGGCUUGACUACUUUCUCCUACAAAGAGCUCACCAAAAAAGGCUCGACCAGGCCUCGACGAUCUACGACUAUCCCAAGGAUCUUUCCGAUCACCGACCGGUCUUGAUCGUACUGGCUCUCUCAGACGAUCUUGAUGCGGCUCUCCCACAGCUCAGCCUACCUACCACAUCCAACCAACUACAUCGAAUCAAUACCACAACCUUCAAGACGGUGGAAUUUCAGCGGAUGAUGGAAGGAUGGUUGGAAGGGGCAAGCGGGGAGGAUCCGGUGCGAGAGCUUGAGGAGGUUCUGGAGGCGUGCAGGGACAGGGGUGGGGAGAUGGCGAGGAGGCUGCAUCGGGAGCGGACGGAACGGAUGGAGUAUUUGGUGGGGAGGGUGCAGGAUCUGGAGGCGUUACCGGUAUGGGGGGAGGCAGAAACGGCAGAAUGGACAAGGACGUCCGAGGAACUCAAGCGGGCGGUUGAGGAGCGCGCGCGCCUACUCCGGAUCCGAGCCCACGUCCCCGAGAUCGCUUCCGAGGAACGACUGUCGCGGCCGGUCCACGCCAAGCUCGCGGCGCGGAACUCGGACUCCAAGAUCACAGCACUGCGCUUGGGCAACGGAGAGCUAACGCAUGACAUUGAUGUCGCUCUUGACCACACGCAGGCGCAUUUCCAGCGCCUCUACCACAUCGAGCCUCGUGAUCCAGAACGCGUCGACCGACUUCGGGACGAACUCCUCGUGCCGAUCAGGGCGGCACGGACUUGCGACGACCCGCGCUCAGAUCCGCUCUUUCUGCGCCGACUCUCGGAAGCGCAGAUUGAUCUCCUCCAGCAACCCAUCACCGAGGACGAGGUCGUGGCCGCGAUCGGGACGACGCACCCGGGGCGAUCGCCGGGCCCGUCGGGCGUGCCUUACGAACUCUAUCAGACCGCACCGGAGGCGUGGUCCAAGGUACUGACCAAGGCCUACAACGCGAUGAUCGAGCGCGGUUCACUCUCUCCCAAGCAGGGCCAGGGACUCGUGCGCCUCAUCUUCAAGCGCCACAAGAAGAAUGCCGAUCGCGCCGAACUCUCGUCGUAUCGCCCCAUCACCCUGCGCGAGUGCGAUUACAAGAUUUUUACCAAGGUCUACGUCGCCCGAUUGAACCAAAUUCUGCCCGAUCUCCUCCCGCCGCAGCAGCACGGCUUCGUCAAGGACCGCCGAUCGGCCGACGCUGCACUACACCUUCGUCUCCUGAUCGAGGAACUUGGCGCGCGCAGGACCGAGUUCCCCGCGGCCGCGCUCUUGUCUCUUGACCAAUCAUCCGCCUACGACCUCGUCGAGCAUGACUGGAUCUUUGCCAUCUUCGACGCUCUGGGCGCUCCUACCACCUUUCUUCGCGUGCUGAGGAUGCUCUACUCGGGUGACUCGACCUCGGCGCGCUACAUCAUCAAUGGGUUCCUGACGGCGCCGGUGCGACUGACGUGUGGGCUCGGCCAAGGGGACCCGGCGUCAUCGUCGGUCUGGGACAUCGUGUUUCAGCCGUUCCUGGAUGCUCUACACCGUCGAAACAUCGCGCUGAAUCUCUCCAUACCUGCACUUCAUCCGUACCCACAGAGCCGCGCCAUUACAUCACUUGCAUUUGCCGAUGACGUUGUCGUCGCCGUCGCGGGCUUGGAGUCACUCAACUUGCUCGAUGACCUGGCGCUCGACUGGAGGCAUGCAACGAAUGGCCGGCUCAACACGGACAAGACGGUCGUCCUACCGAUUGGACGUCGCUGGGACCCUGGGGAACGGCCAAUCGUCGUCAAGGCCGCAGGCGAGUCGCUCGAGUGGAUCGGCCUCCCCUUCGACCCCAGCGGCGACACCGAACUCGCCUACGCGAAUCUCAUCGAACGGCUCGAGGCGAUGCUGGAAGCGGUUCAGCAUCGCUGGCUCACGCACCACACCCGUGCCUUUUACGUCAAUCGGUACGCCAUUCCCAAGAUCUUGCAUUUCCUUGCAGCCGACAUCCCGCCGCCCGAAGUCGUCAAGAAGCUCGAUGACAUGCUCGUCGAUUUCGUCCGUGGGGGCAAGGGCAGGACCAGCUACGGCAGAGACAUUGUGUUCACCGCCAAGAACAAGGGGGGACUCGGGGUGAUAAGGAUGCGGGACAUUGUGGACGCGGUUGCGGCACGGCUCUGGGACGUUCUUCUCGGCGGUUCCGGCGCGAUUUGGCAAGGACUUGCGCGCGCAGCACUCCAGCGAGCUCAGCCCGACCUCGACCUGGCCACCGAUCUCUGGCCACAUCCAUCCACUCCCAUCCCCAACGACCUUCAUCCCCGAUGGCACGCCGCACUGGGCGUUCCGAAACUUCACGACGCGCAGGUCAACCCGAGGGCCUUGACCACCGCGAACCUGCUCGCGCUGCCCACCCUGCUCGGCAGCCUCCACACCCCCAUCAGAGGGAGACAGACCAUCGACGCGGUUCAUGUACCUGACUACCUUCGUCUCCAGGGCUACCCGAAGGUGGCGGAUCUCUAUCGGCGCGAGUUGUAUGCGGGUGGGGGGUUUCACCUCUGGACGCCGCCGGCGGAUGUGCUCGGCGACAACAGCGAGUACGAUCGACGCGGGCUCCCGCAGCGACUGGCAAUCGCGGCCUGGUACCGGUUCACUGUCGAUCGACACAAGAACACACCCUUGGCGGCGGCGGUGGCGGCGGGACGACUCAACGUGCCUCCCCGGAUCGGCACCAGCGCACCGCUCGAGGCGAUCAUCCCCAAGCCCGUGGCCCGCUUCGCAAUGGAGCAGCGCCUUCCGGACCCGGUGCUUCCACAACAGGCGAGCCAGUAUACGCUGCUGAACAUGGCUCGACCCUACACAAUCCGUCGCAUCCGCCGGGUCCUGAACGCGAAGGCUUUCACCAACACGCUCGGGCUCAAGGGACCACCGCAGCCAGACGAUCUCAGGAGCUUCUGGAAGGCGGUCAACUCGAAGGCACUGACAGCGAGGGAGAGGGAAGUUUGGUUCAAGCUGAUUCUCCGCUUCACCCCGACGCGCAAGCUCCAGCACGAGCAAAAGCAUGUCACUUCUCCCGCGUGCCUCGUGUGCGAAGCGCCGGUGGACGACACCGAUCACUACUUCUUCGGCUGCGUCGACUCGCGGAACGUCUGGACCGCGGCAAGGGGCGUGCUCUGCGACGCGCUCGGAUGCGACACGAUCGAGGACGCCGAGUACACGACACUACAACGACUCUUUGGCCUCCCCAAGCUCAAGGCCAAGCUCAGCGAACAGGAAGGCGCAGGCAGGACGAUCGAGAUCUUCACGGGGAUGGUCUUGGAGAUGAUCAGCAGUGGGAGAUGGAGGAUGCAGAAGCACGGGACGAGGAUGGAAAGCCUGGAGCGGAGGAGGGUGGUACUGGAGGAGAGGAUGAAGUUGAGGGCGGGAGGAGCAAGAGGCAGGCGAGGGCAGUAGAGGCUAGGUUCGAUUUCCCCCCACCCCAUCCCACACUCACACACCCCACAUCACACAUCCUCUUACAAAAACUGUAUACUAAAUAUGUUUUCUUCAUCUUUCUUUCUUUUAUUACAGGUCUGCCUCCGUUGCUCAUGGACCGGCUCGCGAUUUGGGAUUGACUCGACGGUGGCUCGCGCUCUUUGGCUUCGGGGUUCUGAGUCAAGGGAGGGAUCAGCAGACACAGGCAGAAAGUCGGCUUUGAGGGGCCAGGGACUGCUGAGGUGGAGGUUUUGAGGGGCCUCCACCGCGUCUUGUUGUGACCGAGCAUAGACUUGGGGACUUCGCGGGUCAGGGUAGCUGCGCAGUCGCUCUCCUGUCUUUGUCUCGACCGAGUUGGGAAGUGGGUGCGGGGUGGGCCUCUUGUCGUUAGUACGCCAGUUCUUUUUCAUUUUCUCUCUCUCUCCUUCUCUCUCUCAUUCGUCUCCUGGGGGGGAGCAACCGCUUGGCUGGGGCACUUGAAUCCGAAGUAUCGGAUUGGUGGACUUGGCCCGUUUCUCGCAUCUUGCGGGCGGUUUGUGUUAUCAUCGUCGACUUCCAUCUAGUUUUUCCGUAGGCCAAUCAGGGGGAACAGGAAUUGGGGGCAAUAUGAUGAACGGUUUCUACAAAAAAAAAAACGCUUCCGCCGACGAGGCGAUCUGGGCUCGGACGAGGCGAUCUGGGCGCCCCUAGCUCGCGAGAGCUGGAGGUCCCUCGUCGCUGCGACCCGCGAUUUCAGUCCGUGGGGGUUCUUCAGCAGCACGGCUCGGGUCGAGAAGCUGUAUCGCGACUCGACGCGCUGGGGGGCAGUCGUUGCAGCGGCCAGGGUCACAGUUCCAACCAUCAAGUCCGAACUCCUUACGCUUCCCGAAUUGCUCUCGCUUCCGCCUCGCCUCCCUUCACUCUAUGCUGAAGGUGCCCAGCACGCAUAUGACGAUGCGGACGCGGUGGCGAAGUUUGCGCAGAUCGCGGACCUGUACUGGAGGGACGAAGGGAAGGGAUGGGCUCUGGUUGGUCAUCGACGCGGGUUCUGGCAGCACUCUAAGGAACCCGCCCUACAGCACGAGCACGUGUGGUCGCGCGUGGGUCAGUUGCUCAAGGCGAAAGCGUUGCUGCCCAAGACCGCGUUGCGACCUGCUCGGAUACCUCUCAAGGAGGCUCCCCGUCCUCGGUGCUUCAACUUCUUUGGGCUCUCCCGACCUUUUACGAUUCGCAAGCUUCGUCGGCUUGUGAACAAGGUGCGGUUCCCAGGGAGGGAGGACCGUGUCAAGCGUUUCCCUGAUGGGACUUCUCAGAGCGAUAGGAAGCGCUUCUGGAGAUGGCUUCAUGACCGGUUCGCGUCUGCUGUCGAGCAGGACACCCACUGGCGGCUCAUGUACGACGUGACGCCGACGCGCAAGAGGCAGCAUACUCAGGGUCAUGCCUCUUCGCCGACGUGUCUGUUCUGUGGCAACGAUGCAGCGGUCAUCGAGACGGUGUCCCACUACUUUUUCGAGUGCGCGUACUCGACCAGCUUCUGGGGUGGGGUGCUACGCAUUCUGCUUGACAAGCUCGGCAUCGAGGAUACCGACGUCGAUCCGUCGACGUUCACUCCGGAGCAGCUGACUAUGGGGCUCCCCCUUUUGCGGGGUCGUGGGAGAACGACCUCGAAAUGGAUGUGGGUUCGGCUGGCCUGCGCGAUCGGCUUCCAGCGGCUGCACCUGCUCCGCUGGCGCGUUCAUCAGCGGUUCGAGCUGGACAACGUCGUGGCCCCUCCCUCGCUUCCCAGUGCGCUCAGAGCGUUCGAGCGAGAUUUUCUCUCUCGAGCGGGUUUUGUGCCUGGGGUUCGAGAUUGGGAGGUGUGAUGACCGAGUUAAGUCCUUCCUUCCCAUUUUCCUCCCCUCCUUUCCUCCCUUCCUUUUCGGUCAGAAGCUGACUGUCUUGAAACUUGUUGCGCAGUGGAAGGCUGCGCACCUCUCCCUCUCUCUACUUUGUGCAGUAGCGGUUUUCGUUCUUGGAUGGAUCGGCAAGCCGGGUCGAUCGUCGUUGCGUUGGAGGCUUUGUGAAGUUCUCCCCUCUCUUUCCCCCCCUUUCUCCCUUCUCUUCCUCAUCUCGUUCCUGUUGCUCGGUUGUUGACUACGCUUCAGCCACUUCUCCUUUUAUUCCUAAGCCGUGUGUUGGAUUCCGUCGAAUAGAUCGUUCGUUCGCGUUGGUCAAGAUCUACGGCAUGGAUCGGGAAGAAAGGUCGCUUGUUUUUUUGGUCAAUAUCCUCGCGUCAAGGCGAGGCUUGUUUCGUUGUAUUGGAUCGUUUUCGCUCGGCCCCGACGGCUCAACAGCCAGCACUCGAGACUCAGCCAAGGGAGGACAUCAGGCGCUGUCGGGGUGACGAGUAG